CAGAUAGCGACAACGUCUUACGUCUGUAUCUACACGAGAGCACACGUCUGUUCUAGUGACCCAUUCAGUAGGUACAGUUAGAUAUUUAAUACGCAGUAUUUCCGUGAGGAUUGGUGGCAUUUUAAAGUAUCAGAAAGCAGUAUGAUAGUGAAGGUGUUGAGUGUGGUGUGCUGCCUGCUGGCAGCACCCGUGUCGGCUGCGCCAGCCAGCCCUAACGCACCUGCUAUCACCAUCGGCGGCAUCACCAACGACAUCAUCUCCCAGUCCACCCUGCUCCACACCGCGAACCACGACGUGACGGGCCUCGGGGUUUUAUUCGGAGAAGAUAAAGACAUUGAAGACAAAGUUGUAUUUUUUAUAGAGUCAGAUAUUAACAAACGAGGAGAGAGAGUCGACUACGGCCUAUACGCGUUGACUAAAGACCCCGAACGUUCUAACCGUAUGGUAACAACUAAACUAUUGGACAACGCCAGGGACAUCACUAUAGCCUCCUUAACGGAAGCGGCGUAUUUUGCCACCAAAGAUGGGAUAUACGUUUACAACAAGAAGAAAAACUCAGCAGAAAAGUUCGGGUCCGUCAGUGACGAAGUGAUCUCGAUCACUGCAGAGAAUGCCACUGGAGUGCUUUAUUACGUGAACAAGCAGCAUCAGCUCCACAAGGUGACUGAAAGAGGACAGAAGUCUAUUAUUGUCGACGAGGUUAAAAACGCGGAGCAGAUUACGGUCGACUACAAGGGGCACCUGUACUAUUAUACUGUCGACAAAAAGUUCUACGUGUACGACGGACAAAACGUGAAACUAGUUGAAGGCAUCCCUAGUAAUCGGAAUAAAGUAUGGUUUUUAAGGACCUCGGUACUGACGGGAGACUAUAGUUUAGUGAACGUUGACGGCGAGUACUACUCGAUAUACGGAGCGGACGCAUCUGGGCAUGCCGCGAGCCGCGGUGGUGACUCCUUCGUCACAAGCGCAGUGUCAUUCGAAACCGGCCUUGUCAUGUACUUUUCCGUCGACAGGAAGAUCUACGAGCUUAAUAUUAUAGAGAAAGUCGUCGAAGGCGUGAUGGAAGGACUCUCCAAAGGUCUUAAAACAAUCGCGGAGGAGUUACGUAAUGCGUUUAAUUCGAUUGACUUGUAAGACAUCUUAAUUACAUGAACUUUCCACAUAUGUACAAACCUAAAAACGAAUGAUAUACAAACACUGCUGUUUACUACAUUUCCGAAUUCUGUUCGAAUCCUGAAACGAUA